GUAAUUUGAACGAAUUUGUACCGUUAAUUCACAAUUCCAAAAUGAUAACCACAUUAUCAUCACUGCAUUCACUUCAAUUUUCCCGCCAUAAUCAACCACCAUUAACACCGCCGUCAACCACCUCCAUCAAUACCGGUAAUGGUGUCAAUAACCGCCUCAUCAAUCACCUGAAAACCGGAACACUCAGUAAACCAAUCGAAACCCUAAACCUCACGACCCAAAAUGAUAAAACCCAUCCCGACCUCAUAACUUACUCAAUUCUCCUCAAAUCCUGCAUCAGAUCAAACAAUUUUCAAAAGGGUAAACUCAUCCACCGUUAUUUAACUCAGUCCGGAAUCGAGCUUGACUCGGUUGUUUUAAAUUCUUUAAUUAGUCUUUACUCAAAAUGUGGUGAAUUAAAUACUGCAAAUGAAAUUUUUAUAAAUAUGGGUGAUAAAAGAGAUUUAGUUUCUUGGAGUGCUUUAAUUUCUUGUUAUGCUAAUAAAGGAAUGGGAUUUGAGGCAAUUAGGGUUUAUAUUGAUAUGCUUGUUGCUGGGUUUUUUCCUAAUGAAUAUUGCUACUCUGCUGCUAUUCGGGCUUGCUCGAGUCGAGAAUUUUUUCGAACGGGUGAAGUGAUAAUGGGGUCUUUGUUGAAAACUGGAUAUUUAAACGCGCAUGUGUGCGUGGGUUGUGCUCUAAUCGACAUGUUUGUUAAAGGGUGUGACGAUGUCGAGGAAGCAUAUAAGGUGUUCGAUAAAAUGCCCGAGAGAAACAUUGUUACUUGGACUUUGAUGAUAAGUAGGUUUCAACAAAUGGGCUGCUAUAGAGAUGCUAUUGAUUUGUUUAUAUAUAUGAUUUGUAGUGGGUUUGUGCCGGAUAAUUAUACGUUGAGCGGGGUUGUUUCUGCUUGCACGGAAUUAGGGUUGUUGUCAUUUGGGAAGGAGUUGCAUUCUUGGGCUGUGAAGUCUGGAUUGUCGUCUGAUGUUUGUGUUGGGUGUAGUUUGGUGGAUAUGUAUGCUAAGUGUGCGUCGGAUGGUUUUUUGGAUGAUUCUAGGAUGGUGUUUGAUAGGAUGAUAAAUCAUAAUGUUAUGUCGUGGACUUCUAUUAUUACAGGCUAUGUGAAUGGAGGCUGUGAUUGGGAAUCUAUCGAACUUUUUAUUGAAAUGAUUGCAGGACAUGUAAAACCGAACCAUUUCACUUUCUCUAGCAUUCUCAAGGCAUGUGCGAAUCUUUCCGAUCUACAAAUGGGGGAACAGUUUUAUGCCUAUGCGGUGAAAUUAGGUCUUGGAACAGUUAAUUGUGUGGGGAACUCUCUUAUUAGCAUGUAUGCUAGAUGUGGUAACAUGGAAAAUUCUAGGAAAGCCUUCGAUAUUCUGUUUGAGAAGAAUUUAGUUUCUUAUAAUACAAUUGUGGAUGCAUAUUCAAAGAGUUUGAAUUCUGAAGAAGCAUUCGAACUCUUUAAUGAAGUUGAAGAUAGAGGGGUUGCGGUGGAUGCUUUUACGUUUGCUAGCCUUUUAAGUGGAGCUUCUAGCAUUGGUGCAAUUGGAAAGGGUGAGCAGAUCCAUGGUCGGAUACUGAAAUCAGGUUUCAAGAAAAACCUGCACAUCUUUAAUUCCUUGAUCUCUAUGUAUUCUAGGUGCGGAGAUAUAGAAGCUGCUUUCCAAGUUUUUAAUCAAAUGGGAGACCGCAAUGUUAUCUCUUGGACUUCAAUGGUCACAGGAUUUGCAAAACACGGAUUUGCUGCAAGGGCUUUGGAGACAUUUCGAGAAAUGCUAGAGGCGGGUGUUAAGCCAAAUGAGAUUACAUAUAUUGCUGUUUUAUCGGCAUGCAGCCAUGUAGGGUUGAUAUCCGAAGGAUGGAAACACUUCAAGUCAAUGAAAAUGGAACAUGGAAUAGUUCAUAGGAUGGAACAUUAUGCUUGUAUGGUUGAUUUAUUGGGCCGAUCAGGUUGUCUUGAAGAAGCUAUGGAAUUCAUCAGUUCAAUGCCCUUUGCUCCUGAUCCUUUAGUCCUGCGAACUUUUCUUGGAGCUUGCAGUGUUCACGGAAAUAUAGAACUUGGGAAACAUGCAGCGAAAAUGAUUCUUGAGCAGGAUCCCAAUGACCCAGCAUCAUAUGUCCUUCUAUCGAACUUGUAUGCUUCUGUCGGUCAAUGGGAAGAAGUGUCGAAAGUUCGAAAAAACAUGAAAGAGAGAAAUUUAACUAAAGAAGCAAGUUGCAGCUGGAUAGAGGUGGACAAUAAGGUGCAUAAGUUCUUUGUGGGUGAUACUUCGCACUUGGAAGCACCGGCAAUAUAUGAAGAACUCGAUGAAUUGGUUCUGAAAAUUAAGGCACUGGGAUAUGUACCGAAUACUGAUUUUGUUCUUCAUGAUGUAGAGGAGGAGCAAAAGGAGCAAUAUCUGAUUCAGCACAGUGAGAAAAUUGCUGUUGCUUUUGGUUUUAUAAGCGCAUCUGAUACUAAACCAAUUAGGGUUUUUAAGAAUCUCCGCGUAUGUGGAGAUUGUCACACAGCAUUCAAGUACUUUUCCGUUGUCAAAGGAAGAGAAAUUGUAGUAAGGGAUUCCAAUCGGUUCCAUCAUUUCAAGAAUGGGAAAUGCUCGUGUAAUGAUUAUUGGUAAUAUGGUCAUUCAAAUGAUGUAUAAGAGACCAAGCGAA